AUGACUGUUUCAACCUCGGUUCCGGGAGCCGGUUGCAACUGUGAACCUGGGAAAAGCCCUCGUUCCAAUCCCUUUGCUGGAAGGGGGAAAAGAAUCGUCGAACCCAUCACCGGUGGCACUAUUUACGGCCCAGGCUUCAACGCCACCAUUGACGGAGGAGUAGCGGCUCCGGUGGUCGUCACAAACAAUGGAACCACCACCCAGAUUCCGUACAUCUACGCAUAUGGGCAUGCAGAUGACGGGUCUCCGUUCUACAUUGAGGAAGUGGGAAUCGGCUCUACAGCCACCCAAAACACUCGUUUGAUUAUUCAAGUCAGCGGCAAGUAUGCGGAGCUACAGAACCUUUACAUUCUUGGGCAACCAUCUGUCAACGAGGAGAGGACUGUCGGACAGGUCGAAUGUUGGAGCGUACCAUUGCCCUAA